UGGAAUGAAGCUUUGUCGCCGUAGGAUUGCUGUAUCAACACGUUUGCGACUUACAACACUUCUUUUCUGUCAGGAAACGAAGUUCUGGAGAGAGAACACAAUAUAAUACUACACCUUCAUUUUCAAGGGCGCCGCUCAGCUGUUUCUUACAUUUAAAUAACUCUCAUCAGCCGGGAACUUCAGUCUGGAGCCCAACACCUACUUGUGCGCUGUUUCGACACCAAGCGCCGUGUGUCGGAAAGGUGGAAGAUAUUAUAAAUAUACAUAUUACUGAAAAGAAGAAGAAAGACGGAACCGGGCUUGGUUACAGAGGGAGGCGCCUUAGCGGUCUGAAACCGAAGCCUUUUGAAAGUCUACAACCGCAGUGGAUCGGCCGAGCAGCCCCUGACCAAAAUUACAGCAACAAAACAUCCAGCCUGACAGGCAGGGGGGAAAGCGCGGAGGGCGAAUACAUCAUGCUUCUGUGAGGGAGCUCUCCAUGUGCGUUUUACACAGCCGGGAGAUGCGGAGCAGCGGCGGAGAAGGAGGGGCACCCAGAGGUGCGGAUCGGUGCGGGACGCGCUGGGGACGCACCGGGACGCGAGGAGGACACGACAGGAAGAGACGGGAGAGUGCAGGAAGUGUUCCGGAGCAGACCGAAGUGUCUCUCAGGACGGGAUCCUACCUGGGAGGCUGGAAGGUGGCGCUGUGGGUGCUGGCCUCUCUGCUGCCCCUCGUGGACGGGCUUCUUCCCGGGGAGAGCCUGCGGGCUGAGCCCAGCCCCGAGCCGGAGUCGGUGCUGGGGAAGGCAGUCUGGAUCCCGCCCGACAACCUGGAGGUGGAGGAGCCCAGAGAGGGCGGAGAGGCACAUUCGUCCUGGGGAGGUCUGUUCGCUCACCCGGCCCUUGCCGAAGACCCGGCGCUCCAUCGGGGCCGGUGGGAUCGCUCUCCCCCGGGCUCCGCGCGGCCCGGCCGGCCCAGGAAGGGAGAGAAGAAGUCCAAAAGGGACUGCCGAGUGCGGAUCAAGAACCUGCGCGUCCGCGACCUGGGGCUGGGCUACGAGUCCGACGAGAUCGUCCGCUUCAAGUACUGCGCCGGCGGCUGCCAGCGGGCGCGCAGCGACCACGACCUGGUGCUCGCGGCGCUGGUCCGGCAGGGGGCCAUCAAGGCCCGGGAGGGCGUCUCCGCCCACCCCUGCUGCCGGCCCACGCGCUACGAGACCGUGUCCUUCAUGGACGUGGAGAACAGCUGGCGGACGGUGGAGCGGCUCUCCGCCGCGGAGUGCAGCUGCGUGGGCUGAGAGGCCCGAGCCUUCGCGGGGUUUGAGCGCAGGAGGAGGAGGAGGAGGAGCGGCACGGCUUUAUCGGAACUCCAGCUGGAGGAGGAGACGACACUGGCAGGAGGGGUGGGACUGGGGUUGACUCGGGAGACGGGCACCUGCCGCGCGCCAGCGCUUCAAAGUCUGGAGGAGGACAGGAGGGGGGGCAGGCCUGCAUUUUCGGUUUCGGGGGAAAGCUCCCGGUGCCCUCCGCCUUCUGUGCAGAAGGGAGGGCGCAGCAGACUAAGCAACAGGGCCCGAGCCUCGACUGACGGCCUUUUCUUCCAGACGCUUUUAAUCUGGGAGGUGGCACACGCGAGCCCAGAUUCCCCAUCCGAAGAGUCGGGACUGAGCUGCGCUGGCCUGCUGGAGGCGAGAGAUGGAGAGGAUUCCGAUAUGUAAAGACUCUUCCAGCUGUGUGUUCGCUAGAAACAGUCCCGGGAGUAAGAAAUGCCUUAAUCAGAAAAGUGGAAAUGCGCCAACCUGCUCUCCCAGAGAUUUGUAAAUGGGAGCAAGGGAACACAGCUCAGAUCAUGCAGUUCUCUUCUUGAUUCCUCUUUACUGUGCCCUCGGGAGAGAAAACUGUGGAUAUUGAGAGGGUUUCCCUCCCUUUUUGGGAGGGAUUACUGGGACCAGAACCAGCAGGAUCCAGAGUUGACGGAAAUGGAAAGGACCGGGGCCGGAUCAGUGGAAUGAACUCAAUCAGAAUGACAGCUUCUCUUUUCACAUGGCUUAGGCAUGAGGACUGUGCAGGCAAAAUUGAAAGCUGGGUCGACUACAGUCAAAAAAGACUUUAAAACAAGCUGGGCGUUAACUCUGAGAACUGAAGCAUCUCUUGUCAUUGAUUGUUCCAGGCAGCACCCUAGUUACUAGUCCAGUAAGCAGGAUUUACUCUGUUAGAAUUGCAAUACACAGGAAUCUAUUUGUAUUGAACUGUGAGACAGUUUAGUGUUGCUAGCCAGAGAAAACAAAGAGUGAAAGGAUAUUUCCUGUCAAGCUGCAGUGUACCUCUAGCGAAGAGAACAUUUCUUGAUAACACAUCACAGGCUCUGUGAGGUGACGUUGCUAUUGCUAUUGAAGAUAAUAAGAUGAUGUAUAUUCUUUGUCCAUUUUAUAAAAAAUGAGUAUAAGGUCACGUCAUAUAGAGACCACAAUAAUGGGUAGUUUCCACUGGGACAUAGGUGUCCCAAUGGGGACAUGUGGACAAGAACUUCACAUGGGUGACCACCAUCUUUUAUUAUUGUGAAACCAUAUUGAGUUAUGGGUAUUGGCAUGUAAUGAGCAAAAUAUACUUGUACUACAAAUUUGCUUAUCACAUAAUGCCUGAGAGACAGGCAAGAGGAAAUGAAUUUCACUGACGGCUUGCUCAUGACAUAUUGCUUCAGAAUUUCCUUUUUCACAUCUGUGGGCCAGAUACACAUUUUUAAAGCAGGUGAGUCUCAUUUUAACAAAAGUGCAUAAAUCUGGAGCUGACUCUCCAUUUGUAAGAGAAAGAACCUGGCAAAAGAUAGUAGUUACUCAGUGUUUUGAAAAAGAUUAGGUGCUCCCAGUGACAAGCUGUAACCCAGUUCAGUGCAAGUCUACAUUGCGCAAGUGAAGGGCAAAGCAUGCUUAACUAAAGUGAAGAUGUAGAAUGGGUGUAAUCAGUUGCCAUUUUAUAUAUGUCUGCUUACUGGGCAAGGCUAGAAAAAACUCCAUUCCUAACAUCACCUUGCCAAAGAAAAUUGUAGUUUUUCUAAACUCCUUGUCCCUCACCACAACUUGAAGACUCGGUCUCUUCCAAGACCUGGGACCUAAGACCUUUGCCUCCUAUAAAACAAAGCAACAGUGUCUGCCACACUUCUCUGAGGGUCACUUAAAACACACCGCAAGUGUGCUUCUUUAAACUCAGGGCCAUGCUAGUUAGCCAUCUUAGAAUGCUUAGCUUUCUGCGUACCGUAGUUCCCAUAAGCCUCUGCUGUACCUCCAGUAACAAGCUUUCUCCAGGCAAGGUGUUAACUCUCUCAAGACCUUUGACCUCAAGGCCUUCUGACAUUUUCCUUGACUUUCAUUCCUGUCAACUUAUUUGAAAAAAAGAAGUAUCUCGGAUAGCAUUUUCAAGACAUUAAUUGUAGGAUUCUAUCAAAACCGUACGUCCUCAAAGGCAAAGUGAAGAGCCUGUAUGACAGAGACCUAGAUCGGUGAGCACUGACGAUGAAGUGUGCGCCCAGAGCACGCAAGUUUAUGGUGGAAUUUUUUUAUCACGCUAGGUUACAUUGAGUCCCAAAAAUUAAAGUCUCUUUUCAGGGUUACUUAAUAAGUUUCAUUU